CUUUCUUCUACAAAGCCGAUCCUGUGUGGCCUCCUCUAUUCUCAAGUCUCCAAAGUUUGCUCCGAAGGCAGACAUAACAAAACAAAAGCGAAAAACUCUCUGGUUCCUAUCGCCUGCCAUCGGACCGGUCUGUGGUUUUCUUAUCUUAUGGCGAUGUGUGUCGAAGACAGGAUCAGUAGUUUUCCGGAUCCUAUUCUUUGUCAUAUUUUGUCAUUCCUUCCCAUUAAAGAAGCAGUUCGAACCUCUAUUAUUUCAACCAAGUGGAGAUACCUCUUUGCUUCAAUUUCUACCAUUAAAUUUGAUGGUUAUUCAAUGAGUGGCUUGACUGACAGAAAUAUUGACAGCUUCAAGAACUUUGUUGAUAGGUUAUUGAAAUCCCCCGAUCAGGUAAGUUUAGAUUGCUUUAGGCUAUGUCAUGAGAUUUGUUCCUGGAAUGAUGGAGAUCAUGAUUUUGAUAUCUCUGGUUGGAUAUGUGCUGCAUUGUGCCGUGGUGUUAAGGAAAUUGAUUUGCAGUUAGGUUAUCUUGAGGAUAUUUUACCAGCUGUUUUAUUCACUUGCGGCUCACUGGUGACACUGAAAUUGGAUGCAGUAGGUCAUAAGUUUAAGUUCCCAUCUGACGUUUGUUUAGGGAAUCUGAAGACUUUGCACAUUAGAGACUCAUUUUUCGGUGAUUCCAUUUUUAGGUUAAUUUCCAAUUGCCAUGUCAGAAGAUUUGGCUUUUAUUGAGUGUGAUUUUUAUAAUACAAGUGUGAUCAAUAUCCAAACUCCUUCGCUUAAGAGAUUUAUUUUAGAUUUUGAUCUCGGAGGAUUCGGAGAUAUAAAUUAUGUGGUGGUGAUUAAUGCUCCAAAUCUUGUUUAUUUUCAAUAUACUGACGUUGUAGCUCAAGGUUAUACUUUGAGUACCAUGAAGUCUCUAGAAAAAGCUCAUAUUAGCAUCUGCGGUUGUGAUACCAUUGAUUCUCAAACAAUUGCAACUCAUCUUAUUCAGGGAAUUUGCAAUGUACGGUCUCUACGUUUAACCAUUGACGAAGUGAUUUUCCAAACAAGUCGACUUCUUAUAUUUUACAACCUUAUUGAAUUCAAAUUUCUUGGUCGUGGUUUUAAUGGGAGAGAAACUUGGCUUGUGGAGUUUCUACAUUGUGUGCUUAAUCUAAAGACACUUAUCCUCAAUUUUUCGGUAUGAAAUCUUUGUCUAUG